GGCGCGGGCGCUCCCGCAGCAGGGCCGUGGGCACCCGGUGCCGCCUCCGAGCUCACGCGCUGAGGUUUCCCUCCCCGCUCCCACUCCUGACUAUUUCCAAACCACUUCCCUGGCUUUUGAUCGGGAGAGGCCUGCAAACAGACUGUCACACUCAGCACAUGCAGAUCUUUUACUGAGCCUAUGGGUGUCAUACUGAGUAACGGGGCCAAAUAGUAUUGGUUUUCAGCUAAGAAAAGUCAGUGGUUGAUCUUGCUUAUUGAUUCCUGCCCAUUACAUGGACUAAAGACCCUGAAGAAUAAAAGGAUAGAAACAUGGGAAAACUUGGCCUCCUUAAGUCGGGUAAUACCAAGGUUUGGGAGAGAUCCUAGUGUCUGUGUCCGUGGAGCCGGGCUGCGUGGUGCCCCAGCAUGGAUGGCUACAUGGUCCUGAGAGUGAUCGGAGAGGGCUCCGUCAGCACAGCCCUUUUGGUUCAACAAGAAAACAGUGAUCACAUGUUUGCCAUGAAUGAAAUAAGGCUUCCCAAGGUUACUGCUGAAGCAGUUAGCUCAUCUUCUCUGGAGAUCUCUGCCUUCGGUGUGAAUGAUGCUAGACAUAAUCUGAGCUCCUCUUUUUUAAUGCAGAAUAUCUUCCUCACCCAAAAUGGAAAAGUAAAACUGGGAGAUUUUGGAUCUGCCUGUCUUCUGUCCAAUCCUAUGGUGUUUGCUUGUACAUACGUGGGAACACCUUAUUACGUGCCCCCAGAAAUUUGGGAAAACAUGCCUUAUAAUAAUAAAAGUGACAUCUGAUCCUUGGGAUGCAUUCUGUAUGAACUUGUACCCUUAAGCAUCCACUCCUUUGAUGACGAGAAAGCUGGUCAUUUCUUCAACUCUUGCCUUGUCUCUGCUCUUACAAUUCAGCUUUACUUUUUAGUUCAGGCAAAUAGCUGGAAAAGUCUUAUUCUCAAAAUAUGUCAGGGGUCCAUGAGCCCAUUGCCAUCUCAGUACUCCUGUGAACUCCAGCAUCUAAUCAAGCAGAUGUUUAAAGGAAAUCCCUCACAUCGCCCUUCUGCUAUGACACUUCUCUCUAGAGGCUCUUUGGCUUGGCUUAUCCGCAAGUGCUUACCCCCAGAGAUCAUCACAGAAUAUAGCGAGCAGGUAUUAGAAGAAACCAAAAAUUCUAAGCAUAAUACACCAAGAAAAAAAGAUAACUCCAGCAGAAUCAAGAUAGCUUUGGAAAAUGAGGCAACCACAACAGUAAGAGCUUUAAAAUUACGUUUAUGAAAUGCCUGUCUACUGGGUACCAUCCAGUGCUGUGAGAUUUUUGGAAGACUGGGGACCGGGCCCAGUUUUUCGUCUUUUGGCAAAACUAAAAGACAGCCUGCAGAAUGGGAGAAUAUAUUUGCAAAUGACGUAUCAGAUAAAGGUCUGGUAUCCAAGAUCUGUAAAGAACAUAUUAAACUCAACACCCAAGAAACAAACA